AUGGCUCACCACCCCUCCUUCUCUCUCGCCGCUCUCCUGGCCGUCGGCGGCACCACCGGAUACGUUAAGACACGGUCAAAGCCCUCUCUGAUUGCUGGCCUUGGUCUUGGUGCCUCAUAUGCUGUUUCCGGCUAUCUCCUGAAGGAGAACAAGAACUGGGGUUCCGAGUUGGCCCUGGGCAACAGCAUCGUCUUGCUGGGCGCAGCUGUUAUGCGAAUCGUCAAGACCCGUGGCAAGGCCCCGGUGCCACUCGGCCUCGGUCUCGUCGGCAGCCUGGCCACAUUCUACUACCAAAAGAAGUAUCGGGAAUUUACCUUCGGAGUCUGA